GGGAGCUGUCUGUUUAAAGCUCGCUGCAGUUGCGAACUGAUGUCUCGGACUAUGAUGAACAGUAACUCCCCCACGUUUAAACUCUGACCUCCAGCAUUUGCAGAGAAGAGAGAGAGAGAGAGGGAAAGACAGAAAGAAGCAGAGGGAGGUGGGCUUGAGGACUUCUUGUUCCAGUCAAACAGCGGGGGGCUCUUCAAGUCGAGAGACAGUCCUGGGAAGUCUGAGCAGAGUCACCAACGAGUCAGCUCCUAGCAACACUGUAUGAAGAAUCUAUGCUGUUUUUUUUCAUCUGUACUCCUCUGAGAGAAAUGUGGCAUUGCUGAAAAGGGGAAAAAAAGAAGAAAAACAAUCUUCUGCCUACACAGAGAAACCAGCUGCACACACAGGAGUCAGAAGAGUGCAAAGAGCAAAAGCACAGAAGAAAGGAAAAGGAGAAGAGACUAAAUCAAGCAAGAAUCCAAGAGUCAAGCUGCAGCCAGCCGAAGCCAGUGGAAUGGACCAAGGUGCCAGUUGGAUUAAUCCCCACGUGCCCACAUUGCUGUCUGAGGAGGAGGGCUGAGGAUCUGCUGCAACGUCAACCAACUCCUGAAUGAGGAUGAAUGGAGAUGUUCUUUAGCUAAGCUUUAAAACAUCACUCUUGACAAUUUCACCUCUGUGCGAGCUGGAACAACACUAGCGAACAGCUGGAAGAAGUGGAGGAGGUGGAGAGGAGUCAGGGGGCCCAGAGCACUGCUGGUGCUACUGGCCCGGAGGAGAGGCCGGGGAGCGGGCAGCACGCUGAGGAGGAGCAGGAGCCUGAGGAGGGACGCGACGGAGGGGGAGAGGUGGCGGGCGUCGGGCGUCGCAUGGCCGUGCAGAGGCUGGUGGCGGCAGCGGUGGUGGUGGCCCUGCUGUCCCUGGUCCUAAACAACGUUGCAGCCUUCACACCCAGCUGGGUCCUGCAGGCUCUGGAGGAUGGACGUAAGAGGAGCGUGGGACUAUGGAGGAUGUGCCCCACAGGUGGUGAAAAGGGCCGCGAUGACCUCCAGGCUGGGAGAAGGGCGCAAGGGACACAGAGACAGUGCGAAGGCCUCGGAUGGGGCUCUGAGUAUGCAGGCUACCAAGAAUCCCGCAGCACUGUCAAAUUGCAGUUUAACAUGAUGCGAGCGUGUAACCUGAUGGCGACAGUGGCCCUGACAGCCGGUCAGCUUAUCUUCCUUCUAGGCCUGAUGGAGCUGCCCUUCAUCACACAGGAAUCCCAGUGGUGGGAGGAGGCCAUCGCUGCACUCUUCCAGCUAGCCAGUUUUGUGCUGGUGAUUGGACUGGUGACCUUCUACAGGAUCGGACCCUACACACACCUGUCCUACUCCUGCUACUUGGACAUAGCUGCUUGCUUGCUGGCCACAUUGGCUGCAGCCAUGCUCAUCUGGAACAUUUUACACCGCCGCGAUGACUGCCUCGCACCUCCGGUCAUAAUCAUCAGUCGCUCACUGGCAUCACCUUUCCACCCACGUCUAGACAACGACUACGUCGAGUCGCCUUGUUGAGACACAGCACUUCACAAACCAAGCCGAUAAGGACUAACGGACGACAGUGACAAGACUGUGCUCUCAGCUACUCCUGUUUUAUUCCAGCAGGGUGUCUGCGAUGUGACUCUCUAGAGAAGAAGACACUCCUGUGGUGCUACAGCAGCUGGACUAACAUGUACAUGCAUUUGUAUUCAAUUUCUCCCACUUCUUCCACUAUAAAUAAAAAUAUCUGAAUUAUUUUUGCUGCUUAGUGCACAGAAGUCACAUAUUUAACUACAGUUAAUGUAUAAAGCAGCUCUGAAGUUCCAGACAUAUUCAAACAUUGUAUGAUGUUCCAUGUAUUCAUGCUUGGGUGAGCUAAUGAUGGAAUUUGGACGAGGACUGUCUUCUAUAAAACAUCCUGAUGAAAAGAUCAAGCUGGAACUUGACCUAUUUUGUUAAAUGCACACUUAUUAAAUUGUCUCCUGCAUAAUUAUAAAUUGGAAAUAAUGAAAGAUGUUAAAAUGAUAAUACCAGAAUACCUCAUAUUUGUCUCCGUCCGUACAAAGCUCAUUACAACUUUAUUACAUAUUGAUAUUAACGGUAUACUUCGCAAGUACGUAGGUAACUAACAAGGUAAAAGCAGAAGAGUCAGUCAGCAAACUUUUUAGUUGUGCUUUUCCAAAUCAGUGAGGAUAUUGAAUUUUAAAACAGCCACUGCACGGUGACAGUUUGAUCAAAGAAGAUAUGAGGGUAUUUUGUCACUUAUGAGGUUUUGCCACAUUUUUUCUCUUGAAACAGAAAAUAAAAAAGACAAAUGACCUGCCAAUUAUUACAUGUGAAUUUAUUUGGGGUUGUUUUUUUAAAAGCAUUUUUUGUUAAACUGAUGAUACCAACUAUUUUGCCUGCUAUUGGAAAUGACAUUUCAUUACUAAAGUUUAUUGUUUAUGAUGCUUUCCAUAUGAAUCUCUGCUCGCUUGUGGUACAUAUUGUAUACUUAAAUUAAUAUAAUAUUAAAGGAUAGAAUAGUGUUAUCAUUAGUAGUAGUAUUGUCGUGACCAUAUCAUAUUUCAGCAAAGAACUCGGGGCUACGUGUGGGUAUUUCACAUUGCCGAGCAUAGGGGCACAGUCAAAUAAUAAUAUACCAUGUAAAUUCAAUAAAUUUAUUGGUAAAUAUUCAAA